AUGGCCGCCACUGACAGAUUAAACCAAACCUCCGAUAUCCUAUCUCAUUCUAUGAAGAAGACUGAUUCCUCAAUGUCAAUUGUUACCGCUGAGAAUCCUUACAAGGUCGCUGUUGUCGGUUCUGGUAACUGGGGUACCACUAUCGCUAAGGUUGUUGCCGAAAACACCAAAGAAAAGCCAGAGUUGUUCCAAGGACGUGUGGACAUGUGGGUUUUCGAAGAACAAAUCGAUGGUACUCCAUUGACUCAAAUCAUCAACACCAAACACCAAAACGUCAAAUACCUUCCAAACAUCGAUCUUCCGGAGAAUUUGGUCGCUAACCCAGAUUUGAUCUCUACUACCAAGGACGCUGAUGUCAUCGUUUUCAACGUUCCUCACCAAUUUUUGGGCCGUAUCGUUUCUCAAAUGAAGGGUCAAAUCAAACCAGAUGCUCGUGCCAUCUCCUGUCUAAAGGGUUUCGAAGUUGGUCCAAAGGGUGUCCAACUACUUUCUGACUACGUCACUCAAGAAUUAGGUAUCCAAUGUGGUGCCCUAUCUGGUGCUAACUUGGCUCCAGAAGUCGCCAAGGAACACUGGUCCGAAACUACCGUCGCUUACCAAGUCCCAGAUGACUUCAAGGGUGAAGGUAAAGAUAUCGACCACCGUGUCUUGAAACAAUUGUUCCACAGACCAUACUUCCACGUCAAUGUGAUCGACGAUGUUGCUGGUAUUUCUAUCGCAGGUGCAUUGAAGAACGUGGUUGCCUUGGGUUGCGGUUUCGUCACCGGUCUAGGCUGGGGUAACAACGCUGCCGCCGCCAUCCAACGUGUUGGUUUGGGUGAAAUCAUCAAGUUCGGUAGAAUGUUCUUCCCAGAAUCCAAGGUGGAAACUUACUACCAAGAAUCUGCAGGUGUUGCUGAUUUGAUCACUACCUGUUCCGGUGGUAGAAACGUUCGUGUCGCCACUGAAAUGGCCAAGACUGGUAAGAGCGGUGAACAAGUCGAAAAGGACAUCUUGAACGGUCAAUCCGCUCAAGGUUUGAUUACUGCUAAGGAAGUCCACCAAUGGUUGGAAUCCAGCGGUCACACCGAAGAAUACCCAUUGUUUGAAGCCGUCUACCAAAUCACUUACGAAAACGUGCCCAUGAAGGAGUUGCCAUCCAUGAUCGAAGAAUUGGAUAUCGUAGAAUAA